GCGAUUGGCUGCAGCAGAGAAAAGCCCGGAGUGACCCGGACAUGCAAAACGGGGCCCUGUUUUCUGACGGCAGCCUCCUUCCUGUAGCCCGGUUUGAGGAAGUACAUUUCGCUGACAGGGCUGGGUUCACCGAGGGAGAGGCGAACAAAACAUCUUCUGCGGGGGCGACUGAAAAGAACAAUAACAAGACAACUAGAGACAAGAGGAGCGCUUAGAUAAGCCAUACUGAAGCUAAGGUGUACAGUCAUCGGUGAAAUCGUGCUCCCCUGCCCCGCUGAGACCGCCGCAGACCGCCGCAGACAUGAAUGACCAGCAGCUGGACUGUGCCCUGGACCUGAUGAGGCGUCUGCCUCCUCAGCAGAUCGAGAAGAACCUCAGUGACCUCAUUGACCUGGUGCCCAGUCUGUGUGAGGACCUCCUCUCCUCUGUGGACCAGCCCCUGAAGAUUGCUCGGGACAAGGUGGUGGGGAAAGACUAUCUGCUCUGUGAUUACAACCGAGACGGCGACUCCUACAGAUCCCCGUGGAGUAAUAAAUAUGAGCCUCCCAUCGAAGACGGUGCCAUGCCCUCAGCUCGCCUGAGAAAACUUGAGGUUGAAGCCAAUAACGCCUUCGACCAGUACAGAGACCUGUACUUUGAGGGUGGCGUGUCCUCUGUGUACCUCUGGGACUUGGAUCAUGGCUUCGCUGGAGUUAUUCUCAUCAAGAAGGCUGGCGAUGGAUCCAAGAAGAUCAAAGGGUGCUGGGACUCCAUCCACGUGGUGGAGGUGCAGGAGAAGUCCAGCGGACGCACUGCUCACUACAAACUCACCUCCACCGUCAUGCUGUGGCUCCAGACAACCAAGACCGGCUCCGGUACCAUGAACCUGGGCGGCAGCCUUACAAGACAGAUGGAAAAAGAUGAGACAGUUGGAGAGUCCUCACCCCACAUUGCCAACAUUGGCCGCCUUGUUGAAGAUAUGGAGAACAAGAUUCGCUCCACACUGAAUGAAAUCUACUUUGGGAAAACCAAGGACAUUGUCAACGGACUAAGGAGUGUUCAGACUCUGGCUGACAAGUCAAAGCAGGAGGCUCUGAAGGUCGACCUGAUGGAGGCGCUCAAACGCAAACACCAAAGCUAGAGAUGCUACUGUCGUUUUCUUCCGUCUGUUUCUCUCUCUUUUUCUCUCUUUCUCUCUCUCUCUCUCCGCCUCAUCUCUGCCAUCUUUUCUCUGUUUCUCUACGUCUCUCUUCCUCCAUGCCUCUUCAGUGCUACACUCUCGUUUAUUUGUG